ACCAGGUCGCCUGUCCCUGCCAGCCCUCCGGAGCAGGGCCCUCACCAGCGGGAGAUGUUGGGAGGCACUGGCAAAGUGAGUCAGUCAGGGCAGAGACCUUGUUUGGAGUGAGACGCCAGGUCACGUAGCCGGGCAGGACUUGGAGCUGAUAUCUGUGCUGUCCUUCGGCUCUCCGGUCCACUCAAGGAGCAGUAUGCUCAGGAGCACGGCCUGAGCUUCCAGCGGCUCCUGGACGCCAGCAGUUACAAGGAGACCCAUCGGCGCGACAUGAUCCGCUGGGGCGAGGAGAAGCGCCAGGCGGACGUGGGCUGCUUCUGCAGGAAGGUGGUGGAGGGCAUCUCCCAGCCGGUGUGGCUGGUGAGUGACACACGGCGGGUGUCGGAUGUGCAGUGGUUCCAGGAGGCCUAUGGUGCUGUGACGCGGACAGUCCGCGUAGUGGCCUCAGAGCAGAGCCGACGGCAGCGGGGCUGGGUGUUCACGCCAGGGGUGGACGACGCCGAGUCAGAGUGUGGCCUGGACCACCUGGGAGGCUUCGACUGGGUCAUCGAGAACCAUGGUGACGAGCAGCAGCUGCAGGAGCAGCUGGGGAAGCUGCUGGGCUUCAUCUACUCCAGGCUCUGAGAGUCAGGCAGGAGCAGGGCUCUGGGCUGGGCCCGGCCAGCAGGGGUCCGGACCCUCACGGACAAGGGGGAGGGACAGACCUGGAGGGCCCGGGCCGUGUCAGCAGGUCAGGAGGCCUGCAGGAGCCGUCUGCUCGCACAGGGCUCCUGCAUCCUCAGGACUGACAGGGCCGAGUGGUGAUGUGCUGUGCUCAAGGCGGGACUGCGCCACCGUGGGGAGCUCGCCUUUGCCGGCCUCGCCUUCUGUCUGGAUGCUCCCUGUGUGCUCACUAAUAAACCUCCUUGGUGUGUG